GUGGCUUUAAGAUGGCGGCUCGUCGUUUUACACAUGCAAUUGUUUGUAGAAUACCUGAUUCUUUUAAAACAAACGCUGCUGAACUUUGUGGUGAAAUUGAUCUUCCAUUAGCACGAAAACAACAUGAAGAGUUUCGCAAAGUUUUACGAGAUCUAGGUGUUGAUGUGAUAGAACUGCCACCUGAUGAGUCUCAACCUGAUAGCGUAUUUGUUGAAGAUACUGCAAUUGUUUGUAAUGGUACAGCUCUUAUUUGCAGACCCGGUCUUCCAACUCGACAAAAAGAGGUAGAUAUUGUGAGAUCUAUUUUGAAAAAAGACAUGGAGCUACCAAUAGUUGAUAUUGCCAAUCCUGAAGCUAUGGUGGAUGGUGGAGACAUUUUAUUUACAGGAAAAGAAUUUUUUGUUGGUCUAUCAAAACGAACUAAUGAUGCUGGUGCAAGAGCUGUUGCUGAUGCAUUUCCUGAAUAUCCUGUUACACCUGUGAAAGUUCCGGGGAAGCAUCAUCUUAAAUCUUUGCUAUCUAUUGCUGGUCCUGAUAUUAUUUGUGUAUCUGCAUCUGAUGAGGCGCAAAGUGUUUUAAAGCGUAUGGCCCAGGAAGCUACAUAUAGAUAUCAGACAGUAACUGUACCAGAUCCUGAAGCUGCUAAUUGUUUGUUUGUUAAUGGAACUCUUAUACAUAGAUCUGAAUUCCCAAAUAGUACAAAGGUCUUUGAAGAUAAGAUUGAUUUCAAUAAGGUGGCUAUUCCACUGUCAGAAAUUUCCAAAGCUCAUGGGGAUUUGAGUAGCUGUUGCAUUCUCAUAAGAAAAUCAAAAUAUAUCAAGAAAUUGUAAGAUGGAUGUUACUAUAAAACAUUGUUACUGCCUUAACAGUCAUCCAAUUCUUGUUGGUCAUCAGUUUUCUGCUUUAUCAGUGGUUAUAUUUGUGCCUAUGUUUUGUAUUUGCUAUAUUUCCGAAGAGCAGUGAAUAUAUAUACAUAUAUAUAUAAUUUAUCUUGUUAUCUAUAAACACACACCCUUUCCAAUGUUUGAAAACUGUAUUUUUGGACAUUCUGUGAAGCAUUUGUGUUUUCCUGUAAGUAUACAGGGUAUGUUUGAUAUUAUUUAGUUUUAUCUGAUUUAUUAGUAUACAGUUUAAGGAAAUAUCUAGCAUGUUUUUUAAUAUAAAUUCAUUAGCAGCUUUAUAUUUUUUUCUUAGAAGUCAUAUAUUCAGUUCAUGUUUUGCUGUUUUGUAUAAAUAAUUUUCAUUUAUUUUCCCCUCAAACUAAAUGGUGCAUUGUUAGUGUUCAUAAAUGUGAGCUGUUUGUGCAAAUUUGCAGUUAUUAAAGGUUGUUAAUAUAUGUGAACCUGUAUAUCAACAAACAAUCGUUAAUGUUUUAAAUAUUAUAAGGAGAUUGUUUUAAUUAUAUUUUUUUAAGUGAAUGUUUGUAAUGUUUUGUGAGAAGUAAAUGUUUGAUGUAUAAAUUUAUGGAAAAUGUAUUUUCCUUUGGUGAUAUUUGUGUAAAUUAAGCAGCUGAACCACAUUCCCUUGAAAUUUGUCAUUCAGUUUUGUCGCAUAAAGAGUGUGGUGCAUGAUAAAGUUUCCAUUACCUGGAGGUGUUUCAUUUUUUAAAUGAAAUAUUAUAUUAAAUACUUUUUUUACAUAUAAGUGAAGCUUUAUAAAUGAUUUUGAAUUUAUUGUAAUCAAUUAAAGAUGCAAUAAGUCUCAAUAUAAGGUAAUCUUUGACUUGCCUCCCCACUUAUUUAUUGCCUUGCUGUUUAUGACAAUCCUGAUAUUUGAUAACUAUUUUUACUUCAUUGUUAUGUAAAGGAAGAUAUUUGCUUAUCAUAAAUUGUGUAACAUUAAAGGUUGCAAACUAUAAAAAAAUGGCCUUAAAUCAAAUUUAUAUUAAGAUCUCUGCUUUUGCUGAAAAAGAAAAAGUAGAUUCUUUGCUCAGUGCAUUUAUACAUAAAUGGGAAAAUGUAAUUCGGGUUUUUUUAUUAGUUUGACUGUUCUAAAUUUUGUAUUUGCUGUAAAUAGACAUUUAAGAUUUAAUAUUGAUUUAUUUUAUCCGUGCCAUUUUUGUCUAAAUUUUUGCCUUUAGAUUCAAUGAAUUACUGAUGUUUCUGGAGAUGCUGCAACUGGCAAUCUCUGUUAUAUAUGUGAUUUACCAGGACCUUUUUGUUUUUUUUUUCCCUUAGAAGUUGGUUAGAUGAAUGUAAAUAAUAUUGACAGAUAGUUUAAUUUUGAUAAAUUUAAUUAUAUAUAGUUCUAUAUAUAUAUAUAUAUAUACAUAGAUUUGAGAAACAUGUCAAAGUUUUAAAAAAUUUUAGUUCAUGUUAAAGUUUCUUACUGAACUCUUAGUUUUUUUUAUACAUAUGUGUGUUCAAGAACUUUAUUUCAUUUAAAAAAAUAUGUAUUUUUCAUAAAAGGUAAAUCAAAUCUUUACUUAUUGUGUCUAAGAAUUUAUUAUUUGUUUAAAUAAUUGAGAAUUGACUUGAAAUAUAUAUAGAAAAACAUGAGAAAUUCCAAAACACUCCAUUACAGAAAUUUUCCUUUAAACAAUAUUAUUUUUAAAUUGUAAUUUUUGAAUAAAAUGACUAAGAAAUAAAACAGAAAUAUUGGAAAUUGCAAGCCUGAAUUGAUUAUUUUAUUUGAAUAAAGAUGCUGGUAACUUAUGAGGAUAGAAAAUUUUUAGUUAUUUAAAAUGUACAAUUGAACAUUUUGCGUUUUAGAACUGUUUUAUACAACAAAUAAGUUUUUUUCUUCUAUUUCUUUAACAUUCAAUUCAUUAUAUUUUAUAGUUUUCCAGACUGAAAUAUAAACUUUCUGUUCUGAGAUUGUUCUUGGAUGGAACUCUUAUUAAUAUUUCUGUUAUUGGCAACUAUAGUAAAUAUCUGUGCUAUCAUGAUGCAAAAUGGCAUUUAUCAUUUUUAAUGUAAUUUUUGUCCUGAGAUUUGUGUUUAAUUUAUAAUAAUUAGUGUAACCUUAAAGCACUUAAAAUCAGCUUUAUUCUGUGGCGUUAUCACAAAAUUUGAAAUAAACAAGUAAAAUGGGUGUAAAUAGAGUGGAGUAUGAGUGGUCUGUUUUAAAAUUACAUUUUUGAUAUGGAAUAAAAUGCCAAUAUUUUAUGUGAAACUUUAAAUAUCUUUUGCUUGCUGGUUGUAUAAAAAAUUAUCUGUGUCUCAUAAAUGUAUUCCUUGCAUUGUGGGAAUUGUUCCUAACAGAGGUUGAAGCUAGCCUAUCAUAUAUUGUAUGUAUUUCUUGUAUAUAUUAAUGUUCAUCAAUAUCUCAACAAUCUGAUUCGUUUCUAACAACAAAAUCGCGUCUCCUUUUCAUUGUUCAAUUACUUAUGUUAUAAUGAUUUCAUCCUGAUUGGCGAAACUUAAUUACUAUCGGCGUGAUUUUAAUUUAAUAAAUAAAAAUUGUCCUAGGCAAAUUGACAAGAAAACCAAUCUGAUGUUGAAUUACUUGAUUUGAAACUAUUUCUAAUUCUGUGCUUUGGAAUUUCUUUUUUAAUAUGUGUUGUGCUUUGAAAUUAAGGAACAUUGAAUGUUCCUUGAUUUCAAAGAUUGACUUUGUGUUUUGAGAUUUGACAUUUUGUGUUUUAAUUUUUUUUCUUUCUGUCACACUUAUUUUCUAUUACUUGAUUAUAAGUUCAUUUAACAGUAAUUUUGAUGUUAUUAUUUUAUUUUCAAUUUUUUUAAUGUCUUAAAUCUUAAGUGUACUGAAUAUGGUUAUAUAUAUAUUUUUUAUCUACUGAGAAUUUUUUUACUUGUAUCUUUCUUCAGAAACUGAUAGGGAGUAUAUUUUUGAUUUGAAGUCAUUAUUAUUCCUCAGGAAUAUUUUUAAAAAAAUCAUUACACAUUUAAGAAUUUAUGGGUUCAUUGACAUUUAUUAGUUUUCAAAAUUAAAUGCUUAGAAAUAAAAUAAUGUGAUGAUUACAUUGAUUUCAUUUUGUUACAAGUAAUGUUUGUUAACUUGAAACAAUUAACAAGGUAGUCAGAAGUUCUGGGCUUUCUUCACACUGGGAGAAAUAAAUGCUUUCGUUUUUAUUUUAAUAUUAUUUUGUUUUGGGCAUUUAAAAAAAUGAAUUUUUGCUGAAUGAAGGUGAAAUAUGAAGGUUUUUACAUUACAGGUGAAUAUUCGUAUGGGUACGUUUUACGAAUUUUCUAAAUUUAUUACAUCAAUAAUUUUCUAUUCUUCUAAAUGUAGAUACGGUUUAAGUGAAAUGAAAAAAAAAAUAUGUAAUGAUGCCGUAAUUUUUUAUUUAUUUUAUAAAGAUAUUAGUCAUUUUUUUUCUCUACUACACAAAAUAUAUUUAUAAAAGUUUGCAUUUCAGUUCAUUAUGCACUAAAAUAUGUGUAUAAUACACCAUUUUAUGGAUAGAUUUGUUUUACAUAUUUCAGUGUACCUAGUUGAAAAUUUAUUAUUUAUAAAGAGUUUUCUUUGGAUUCUUAUUUUGUGUCUAUUUUGUAGAUUUGUUUAUAUGUAAGAGUAAAAUUAAUAAUUUAGUAAUUUUAAUUCAGUUUUUUUAUAUUAAACAUACAUGAAUUCAUGUAAUUAAAUAUAUAUAAAUUUGAAAUAUUUACGAAUUCUUUUUUCUAUCUGUAUCUUAAAGGAUAGACAUAUUCUAAAAUAUUACAUGAUUAUUGAUCUUUUUGUGGAAAAAAAAAUGUUUCUGGUUACUAAUCAAAUGUAAUAAUACCGUGUUAAAUUUUUCAGGGUUUUUUUUUUCUCUCCCCCCCCUUUUGCAAUUUGUAUUCGAAAACAAAGUUUUCCACACUCAUGGAAAAAGUUUUCGUCAUAUAUUUAUUUUUACUUAAGUAUCUCUUUUCUUCCUUUUUAAAUUAAAAGUAUCUGAUUUUUUUUAGUGCAAUCUGACAAAUUUUCUCAUUUAUGCAAUACUUCUUCAGCAGUAUUUGAAUCUUCUAACAAAUGUGAAAUUUUAUUGUCAGUGGUAGAUACUUAUCAUUAAUAAAUAAUGGAAGCCUUAAUAUUUUUUACAAAAAUUGGUGAUCAAAUUCGGUUUUUGGUAGAGCUUAAAAUUUACUAUUAGACUUUGAUUUUUAUUUAAAUUAGUCAGAGCAAAUUGACAUAUUCACAUCAUCCAUAUAAUUUUUCUCUCUCUGUAAAUGUUAAUUCUUGGUAUUCUUAAAUGCCUGAUUUGAGAUUUCUUUACAAAAAUUAUUAAAAAAAAACUAUUUUGAAAUUUUUAAUUUCAGUGUUUAAUAAAGAUUUCUUAUCUGUGCUUCAUUUAAGAGAAUUAAUAAAUUUUCAUCCAAUAUAUCCAUUAUAUAUGCAAUUUUAGACUGAUUUUAAUCUUAGUGAGAAAAGGUUUUAGUUGAAUGACAAAUGUUUGCAUUUCAAAUAUGUUAAAUAUUUUGCUACAAGAAAAGAUUUCUAGUCAGUUCAUUUCCCUCCCUUUUUAACAAGAAAACAAUUUAAAAAAACAAAACAUUUUUUUUGUGUGUGUGUGUGUGUUUCUAUAAUUCAAUCAUUUUAAUAUUUAUUUUCGCUUUUAUAUAUAGUCCCCCCUUUUUUUUUAUAAAUCUUAUUGCCCAUUAUUUUUUGUAGGCAGCUAAUGUCAAGUUAUGUUUUUUACUUAUAUGAGAAUGUUUUCUAUAUUUGUUAUUUUAACCAUUAAUUGUCAAACAAAAGCAUGGAGCAUAUAAAUCAAAUUUUGAAUUUGAUAAAGCUAGCUUGU